UUGGACUUCCCCCUCCAAAACUCCCAUGGCUCCAUGAAAAUGCCUUCAUCUUUGCCACUGCUCUCAACAGCGUAGCCAAACCCAUCAGCCAACGAAACCCAGAUUGAUUUUGAAAAUGACAGUUCCUCUUCCUCUGUCCGAAAUCUGAUUCUUGAGGUGACUUUUCUCAAAUCAAACUGUCCAGCAUUUCGUCUAAUACUUGGCGGGCACUCACAUGGCUCAACAGGGGGAGGGGUGGCCUCUCGGUCUACAGCCUCUGAAUGUGAGGGGUAUUGGGGUACCUGGAAACCGGGACUAUUCAGGAUCAGUGUCUUUCAACACUUUGAUGACGGCUUCUCCUAUUUCCUUCUCGGAUUCAUCAUCCGAUUUGGACACUGAGUCGACGGGAUCUUUCUUCCGUGACAAGAGCAUCACACUUGGGAGUCUGAUAGGAGUUUCUAACAUUUUGGAACUCUCAAGAAGAUCACUCAGGGGAAGAAAAACAGAGAACACAGGGGACAAGAGGGGCAACCCCAGGUCUAGACCUUGGUUUUUCUCUUUGUGUUCGAGGGAGAGUACCGAUGCCAACAGCAUCGACGACAAUGGCCCUUCAUUAGGCCACUUCCUGGCAGAAGAAAGACGAGCGGCCGACGAGUAUAGGAGAAACCAGAGUGUAGUCAUGUAUGGAGGAGAUGAUUUAGCAUUAGCUGAGGCUGCCCAAGAACCAAACUCCUUGUUCAUCAAUGGCUGUGUGGCACCUCCUCAAUCAAGCCUUGGUUCAGAAGUUGAAAGAGGGAGAAAUGGAGGAACUGAACCUACAAAUGACAAUGGAGUUGCAGUUCUUUGUGCUUGCAUUUGUGGACACUGAAACUGGGUUUAUUCCUUUUAUGUGUUUCGUGCUAUUGAUUGAAUUUCUUUCUUCUAGAAACAAAUAAAAAAUUCAAAGUCUAAAAUGACCCUUUUUUUCAAUGUGGAAUUUAUUGAGCUUUUUCAUCUGUUUCUCUAUCAUUUUAUCCUUUGGUUAGCUUUUUCCCUUGGGUCUGCUGUCUCACCAUUUGAAGGUUGAAGAUCUUCUUUUGAGUCCUCUUUCUUUGUAUACAUAUCAUUUUUGGGCUGUUGCCAUGUUUGGAGGAUUUUUACAAUCAUGGCUUACA